AUGGCCAUCAGGAAGAUUUUCCUUUUUACUGCGUUCCUGAAUGCUACUCUAGCAGCACCGCAGUUGAAUCCGAGAGACGCUACCAUUGUUGUACUGGAGAAUGACUUCAACGGAGUUGAUCCGUGGCACUGGAGGUACGAGACGAGCAAUGGCAUCCGGCAGGAGCAGUUCGGCACGGAGGGCGACGGCGCGCGCCUGCGGGGCAGCUUCUCGUGGCAGCCGCCGGACGCGGGCGGCGCCACCUACAGCGUCACCUACGAGGCCGACGAGAACGGCUACCGGCCCAGAGUGGCCUUCGGCAGCGGAGCAGAGGCUGUGCGCCCCACACCGCUGCCGCGACCUACAGAACUGCCCUUCCUACAGCCCUCUCUGGCCAUUGGAAGUAACGCUGCACUUACACUGGUGGGCUGA